CCUGCGUAUGUAAAAUUAUUUAUUUUAAAAAAUCGCAUUUGCAAGACUUACUAAACAGGCUGAUUUUCCUUUUUAUGAAGUACAGCUCAGGCAUUUUUUACAGAGUCCUCUGUAAACACUGCACAAUAGAUUCAUGGAAAUGUCUAAAACAGCCACUCAGUGAUGUUCAGAAAAAUUUUGGGGAAUCCAACAUUGAGCUAAAGAGUACCAUUUGGGGUCAAGACCCAUAGUCUAAGAAGCCCUACUCUUGAGAAACAUUCCCCAUAUUGAUUAAAACAUCAAUAUCAUGACUGUGGGAGUACAUAAGGUUUCAGCAGUGGAUGGAGUUCAGAACAUUUUGGAGGAUGCCAGGCUACGCUUGGUUUGAGGUACACUUGGCUUGUUAUUGUGUGCCUUCAAACAGCUUACAGUUUAUGGCAACCCAGAGGUGAUUCUAUCACAGAGUUUUCUGAGGCUAAGAUUAUGUGACUUGCCCAGCGUCAUCUACUGGGGUUUCAUGGUAGAGUAGGGUUUUGAAGCCUGGUUUCCUGAGUCAAUGACCACACCACAGUGGGGUUAAAUCUGUAUUCAGAUUAUGAACAUCCACAUUCUGUACUUUGACGUGAGUAGGUGGGAAUUAUGCUAAAAUGACAUUGUCCUUUUUGUAUACUUAAGCAGCUUCUGUUGCAUCACACAAAAAUAUAAGCAAUCAACUUUGUAUAUAUAAUUUAAUGAAAUAGUGCAGUAUGUGUACUCUAUGUGAUAUAUACUCUUCUGUUUAGCACCAGUGACCCUGCUCUAUUAAACAAUAGCGGUGAUUAAACAGACAAACCCUCAGAGUUAAACCCUGUCAGUCUGAUUCACAGAUGGCAAAUAUACAGUCUUUUAGAUCAGAGCUUUCCAAACAUUUCAUGUUAUUGACACAUCUUGUUAUUGACACAUCUUUUAGAUAUGCAUAAUUUCAUAACACAGUAAUGCAGAGGUCAGACCAAUCCCUUAAAAGAGAUGCGGAUACGUACUUAAAUUCUAAUCAUGAAAUGUAUGGGGACACAAUGUAUCUCAUAAAAACCUUUAUUUAUAAUUUAAAGAAUAUUUGAUUUGUAAGAUAAUAACAUAUAUUUACAAGAGUUUUGUCAUUUUUCGUUACGUGUGACACACCUACCCACUUCAGACGACUCACUGUUGCAACACAGUUUUAGAUCAAUGCUUUCAGUUCCAGUCAUUCGUGAUUAUGGAUAUUGGAAGUUAUACUCCAACAAUAAUAUAUGGAAAGCCACAAUUGCUUUAUAGAUGGCCUAAUCAAUAAUUGCAUGGGUUAAAUAACUGAUUUGUUUGUUGUUGGACAUUGAUGUGACAACAAAUCUUACCAGUCGUAAGUUUCAAAUGUUGGCAUGAGAAAGUUAAAUAUUUAAUGCUGACUUAAAAGAAUAAAAAUUGUGGUAAGGAUGUUUGAGUUUCAUUUCCUUUAAGAAGCAAUGGAUCUUCAAGUUUCUACACAAAUUGCUGGUUUUGUGUGGGGAUACUGAUUUAUAAUUAAAACUGCAGUUAUCCUAGUAAGUGGCAUAAGUGAUGGUAUGCUUAGUGUACACAGUUAAACUGCGUGUUUUGUUAUAAAAAUGAGCAGAAGUGGGACUGUAUUCAGAUAGUUUACUUCAUUCCUGUGAUGGAUUGUUUCUCUGUCUAAGUGUGAAGUCUGUCUACUACAUUUAAACCAUAUAAUCUACAAAAAAAAAUGAAACUAAUGGAACUUAAAUGAAGUAUAGUAUCAUCGAUUAAGCAACCGUGUUACUCAAUUCCUAAAGGCAGCAGACAUCAAAGCCUUUAAAUGGCUGUAAUAAAGCAUGCUGAAUGAGCACCCCUUAUCUGGAAUUCAGAAAUAUAUCAAACUGUGAAAUGGUACACAUGGGUGGCUGUGGUAGUGUGACCCUUGCUAGCUGAUAGUGCAGUGUAUACACCCAUUGCUUCAUGCACAAAAUUAUGAAAAAUAUAGCUCUGUAUUUAGAUUUAAUAGUAAAUAUGUUUUUGUACAGUUGUCAAACUACUAUUCAUGUUAUGUUAAAUGAAUACAUAUCCCAUGGGAGGCAGAGAGAUUCAAGCCUUCUCUUGCUAUCCAUGAGUUCCCGUAGAAUUAGUCCCCACUCAGUUAUUGAUUUUAAAAAAAAUGCUAGUGUAUAAAAACUAUGUGUUUAGCUGCCUAUUUGCUUACUUGGAAGUGUUUGCAAAUUAAAUGGCAGUUGGCCAUAUUCACCGGAUGCACUAGCUCUUUGUGCUGGCACACAAACUAUGGGUGGGAUUCCUUGCUGUCCACUCGUGAGUGCCAAGGCCCUGGGUUUAAAGCCAGCAAGUGCACAUAGCAUCCUGACAACAUACUAUUGUUGGAUUCCUUUUCAAAUUAACCGAGGCUCUGUGAGGUAGAACUUCAUGUCCACCUGGAUGGGGCCAUUAAACCCGAAACUAUUUUAUACUUUGCCAAGAAAAGAGGAAUACACCUUAAUGUGGAUACCGUAAAAGACCUGGAGGAAUCUAUUCGCUGCAAAGAGCCAUACAGUCUCACAGAGUUCCUAACCAAGUUUUCUAUCUACAUGCCAGCAAUUGCGGGUGACCGUGAGGCUAUAAGAAGAAUUGCUUAUGAGUUUGUGGAAAUGAAAGCAAAGGAGGGUAUAAUCUAUGUGGAGGCCAGAUACAGCCCUCAUUUCCUUGCCAACUGUGGAGUGCAUCCUAUCCCCUGGGGACAGAAAAAGGGAGAUGUCACUCCGGAUGAAGUGGUUAGCCUUGUUAAUCGAGGGUUAAAAGAUGGAGAGAAGGAUUUCCACAUCAAAGCCAGGUCUAUUCUAUGCUGCAUGCGCCACAUGCCAAGCUGGUCACCAGAAGUAGUAGAAUUGUGUAAGAAGUAUCAGAAUGAUUCAGUGGUUGGUAUAGACUUAGCUGGGGACGAGUCAAUAUGUGCCGAAACCUGCUCAGAACAUCGAAAAGCUUAUGAGGAAGCUGAACGAUGCGGCAUUCAUCGGACUGUUCAUGCUGGUGAAGUUGGAGCUCCCCAGGUCAUCAAAGAGGCCAUCAAUAUCCUGAAGGCAGAACGAAUUGGCCAUGGCUACCAUGUCUUUGAAGACGAAAGUCUAUAUCAACAGCUUUUGAAAGAUGCUAUGCAUUUCGAGCUCUGCCCUUGGUCUAGCUAUCUCACUGGUGCAUGUAAAAUGGAGUUCAGCAAUCAUCCAUGUAUAAGGUUUAUGAAAGAUCGUGCAAAUUAUUCCUUGAACACAGAUGACCCGCUCAUUUUCUGCUCCUCAAUUCACACUGAUUAUAAAAUAGCUCGGGACUCAAUGGGCUUCACUGAAGAAGAAUUCAAGAGAAUUAAUAUCAAUGCAGCCAAGUCCUGCUUCCUGCCAGAGAAAGAGAAGAAGGAGCUUCUCUACAAAUUGUAUGAAGCAUAUGAUAUGGUAAAAAGCACAGAGUUCUAAUCUCUUCUGUGCUAAACAGCUGUGCCCUCUUGUAUGCACUUUUCUGACCUCUGUUUUGUUUCUUGGAAGAUGACACACAGUGUUAUUAUUGUGUUUACUAUUCUCUACAGGGUGGGGAAUCCACUAGGUAAAAAGAACAGUAUUUCUAUGAUGUUUGUCUCAUAUCUACCUGUAACAUGAUUCUAUAGGUAGAAUGUGGAACGUAAGUUAACCCUAUUCAUAUUUUAGAUUGAAACAGUUGUUUUAGAGAGGCCUGAAGUUUCAAAGCUGGAUUGAUACUCAUUGAGGCUACAUUCAUCUCAUUUUCCACUCUAUUAUAUACAUUUAACCAAAUAUAAUAGUGGGGUAAAAUACACACAAGAGAAACAAAAACUUUCUCAAUUAGUUUUCUCUCUUAAAAAUGGAAGAUUUUACUCUGACCUUAAACAUUUUAAUUCACCUAUGACCUUACAGAUUGUCCCCUAUAAUUGGUCUACAUUCUUUGUGCCCACAUAUGUGAACGAGAGGAUAAAAUCACACACUUCCAACUGAACAUUGUCUAAGAGUUCUGAUCUACCUACUAAAGAUAGAAUCGUGUACAAGUCAAAGCAUUUCUAUUUUGCACUAACUCAACAUUAUUUUAAUAUCAGAUUGUAUAGAAUUCUUAUCUAAAGAUAGAAAAGUUUUGACUUGUACAUGAUUCUGUUUAGCCUUAGCACUAGCUCAACAUUUUUCAUAGCAUCAAAAUGUACAGAGUUCCUAUCUAAAGCUAGGGCUUCAGUCCAAAGAUAGAUAGUUGUAUGCACAUGGAAGACUGAAUUUAAGAAGCCUGGGAAAGUAUUAUUGUCCAGCUGCACAUUUGCAUUUGAUUUCUGGACAUAGGUCCCUGUGUACAAAGGAUUCAUGUAUGAAAUGGCUGUAUUUAGUCCCAGCUUCAGCAUUUGCCUUUCAAAAACCAACUCCCUUAAGAUGUCUUAAGGAACUGUACCUGCAUUUUAAAACUAAUAGAUUUAAACUGAUUUUAAAGAAGAACUGACCUUUUAAACAUUGUCUAGUAUAUUUGCUGACACAGUUGCCUUGUCCCCCUACCUGUAAUAUAGAAAUAGCUCUGUUAGACUUCUAGUUCUGACUUAAGUUGCUCUCAAUCUUUUUUUUGUUUAACUUAACAUCUAAAGAUGCUAGGUCAGUGUAUGUUAACUGUGAGUAAGGGCUUAAUAGUCUAAUACACAAACUAAUAGUGCUGAACGACUAGAACCAAACUAGAACUUCUAUUGAUUUCUUUUGCAGUGGAAUAAGCGUAGUUGAAAUGCGAGUACUUUAAAUAUACUUUAUAUUAUGCAAAGUAGUUUAAGUAACAUAGUAUUUCAAAUAAUAAUAUGGCUUCAGAAUUCUGUUUUGGGCAGGAACAUUGAAUUAUCAAAAAGCAAAAAGCAUACAUUAAAUGUAAAGGUGCCUCAUUCUAAUAUAAAUAUGUGAUGCUUUCUUCAGUUAUUGCGAAAAUGUAAUAUUCAUGAACAUACCAUUGUUCCCAGACUAGUGCUUUUCCUUCUCUUCUUACCACUACAUUUUUUCAGCAGCCACUUAUGUCUUUGAAAAUUUGCUCCUUGGAGUUCAGGGACUCUUAAAAAUAGCAAGAAAUAUGAUGUGAAAAGUUACAGGUGUUAAGAAGCAAUUGGUAGGAAUUUACUUAACCUGUUUAUCAACAGAGAAGAAAGCAUGGCAUUCAAGCUGCUUUGUUUUUUUUAUUAAUUUUUUUCUAGUUUCUUGAUGUGGAAUUCACAUUUUUAUACCACUGGGGAAUAUACCUCAUAUUAUGCCUAUUUUAAAAAUCUAUUAAAAUAGCCUAGUUCUUCCUCUUAUUUCUUUCAUGGUUUAAUGUUGAAAACAGUGACUGAGGUCCCAAGGAAACUUGUUGUCGAAGGCUUUCAUGGCUGGGAUCACAGGGAUGUUGUAUGUUCCGGGCUGUAUGGCCAUGUUCCAGAAGUAUUCUCUCCUGACGUUUCGCCCACAUAUAUGGCAGGCAUCCUCAGAGGUUGUGAGGAAAUGUCAGGAGAGAAUACUUCUGGAACAUGGCCAUACAGCCCAGAAAACAUAGAACAAUCCUAAGGAAACGUUAUAGUAAGUGCAUAGCUCCUGCAAAUCACACAGUAAUUCCUCCUCCCUAACAUCAAAAACAUCCCUACUGGGAUUAUAAUGUUUUCUAUUUCUCUGCUAACAGCACAAUAGUGAAGGAUAUGAAAUGGGCAACAAGCACAAGUUCAGUUCUUCUAGGUGUUGUCAAAGCUAUUUGUUUUUUGUCAUUGCAGUUGUCCAUUUUGCUCAACAUCUAGUUUAAGCAUGACAUUCUAACCCAAGAAAAUGGAUCCAUACAAUCCUUUUUCCCUAUCAACAAAAUCUGAUGAUCCUGGUUCAAUCUCUUUAGAUCCUGUGAUUUCACAACCUGUUUAACUCGUAGUCAAUACAUUAAACUCAAUAUUAUGAUUUUCUAAUAUACAUUGUUUGGAUAGUUAAUUAAAGACUUGAAAAAAAAUGAAUGUUACUCUAGCAGUACUGUGAAACACUUGAUUUGGAAUACUCCAAAUUCAGCAAGAUAACCUCAAAAUGUAAAUGUGUUAUUCAAAUUCCUAGUCUUUUUAUCAUUUGGUGGUUGUCUUAAUGUAAAGCAGGAAUUAUUGUUGUUAGACUACAGUUCCCGGCAUUCCUCACCAUUGGUUUUGUUCAUUAUGGCUAAAAGUCCAAAGAGCUCUUGGAAAGGCUCAUGGUUUUCACUCAUGUCCUAAAGGUAGUGUAGAUCAUAAACUGCUAUUUGUUUUUAGAGAAGGCAUGGCAAACUUCAACCUUCCAGGUGUUUUGGACUUCAAUUCCCACAAUUCCUAACAGCUGGUAGGCUGUUAGGAAUUGUGGAAGUUGAAGUCCAAAACACCUGGAGGGCUGAAGUUUGCCCAUGCCUGUUUUAGAGGAAUUACAAUGCUGGAGGUUCAUUAUAUACCUUUGUGGAGGCUGAACCUCAGUCUGAGGCCCUAUAGGAUACUUGUUACUAUUAUUGGAAGUAAUAUUUUUCAAGGAGCCAGACUUGCUUUAACAGCGUCAACUACAGUAAAGUUCGCAGGCUUGAUCUCGUGUUUCAUGUCUCCACUGGCUCUGAGUCCUGCUUAAGAAUGCUUUCCUCUUUUCUGCUUAAAUCUAAUUGUAAAGCCUUAGUGUUUUUGAACGCACACAGUUUGGGCUGUUUUAACUGCUACAAACAUGAAUCACAACACUUCUGGUUUCCUUGCAAAUCAAACGGCUUAUUCCAGAUCAUGAGUAUAUCCUCAAGCUGCUUUCUAUGGUGCUUAUUGUCAUAGGAAAUCUGUGACACAAAUCUUUUGAGUCAUCUUGACCCAGGCUCUGUCAAAAUACACUCUGAUUGUCUGUUGCUAUGUUAUGUAUAUUGAAAAGUUUGUGGUUAUUUUUUUUUUAUAAUUUGUCAAAUGUUCUAUAAAGUUGUAAAAAUUGUUGUGGAAAUCAUAUAAGCUGGUGCUUUCACAUUUCAUGUGGUUGUAAAGUCUGGUAUUACAAAACUUCAAACACCAAAAUCCGUGCUUAAUGACUGACUUUGACAUCAGUGUCGUAUGCAGGGAUAGAAGACUGAAGGCCCUUCCACACAGCCAUAUAACCCAGAAUAUCAAGGCAGAAAAUCCCACAGUAUCUGCUUUGAACUGGAAUAUAUGGCAGUGUGGACUCAGCCCAGUUCAAAGCAGAUAUUGUGGGAUUUUCUGCCUUUAUAUCCUGGGUUAGAUGGCUGUGUGAAAGAUCCCUGAGUCUUGGCACCAUCUACAUAACCAUAUCAUGCAGUGUCAGAUUGCAUUAUAUGUUCAGUGUGAACCAUGAGGUAGUUUAAGUGCAUUGAACUGCAUUAUAUGAAUCUUCACUAACUUCAUACCACAUUAUAUGGCACUGUAGAUGGGGCCUUGCAUAGCACUUAUCUUAGAAAACAGUGAGCCAAUGAAUAAACAGCUUGUAGAAGUGAAAAAUGUUUUUAAUGUAAAUGCAAAUGUCUGUCAUAUAGAUAACUUCCAGGGCUAUGUGUAGAGGAAUUCUGUUAUUUUUGUAAUGCUAAUGAACAUUAUCUUGUUUGUCAAUGCUUUUUAAGCAAUCAUCAACUUCUUGUUUUGUGAUGACUUUUCAUAAUUUCGUUUUGAGGAGACAGUUCACCUCCUGAGGAACAAAAUAUGUUAGGUCUCUUCAUUUCAUAAAAUAAAGUCAAUUUUAACUUCA